AUGCCCGUACCCGAGCGCGCGCCUCCCAAAAUGCACCCCGACCGCAUGCGCAACCUCGGCAAUGACCCCGCGUCGAUCGCCCCUUCCCCACGGGCGUACGAAGAUCGCCCUCACCGGUCGCCAUUCUCCGUCUUCAGCCAUCGCGUCUUUAUCGCCCUCAAGGAAGCUGAUGCUGAACACAAGGAGGCACCCAAUCUGUUCACCAUUUCUCCUCUCUACUCGUCAUCAUGCCUCACUCAGAUCCUUUGCAUCACCUACGGCUGUCCCGACACGGACCCGGCAGACCCGUCUCCAGAGUCUCACAAGAUUCACGAGUCUCUCGUGAUCUGCAAGUUCAUCUCAGACAUCUACCCCAACGCGCGCCUCGUCCCCUCCGACCCCCUGCAGCGCGUCGCCAUGCGCCUCUUCAUCGCGAUCUGGGAGUAG